GUAGGGAGAAAAAGGGCUGAGGCACGCAGAUAGGAAAGAAGGGACUCCUGUGUCCACUCUGGAUGCUGCAAUCAUCAAACCUAGAGAAGUUAUCGAACGACCCAUUUAGGCUGACGACUUCUGCACGUCUAAGGAAGAUUUUUCCUUCCGAACACCAGCAUUCAAACUGCAGGUUUGGAGUUGAUCGAGGAUGCAGUCCUGUCUUGCUCUGCUGCUGGGGAUUGUGGCUUCUGCUGCUGCAGCAGAAUGGAGGCGUCCGCUGAUCAAGCUCAACUCUAAGGUGGUGAGCAGCACCGAGGUGGUGGUCCAACCCGGGAUUCCUCUGGACCUAAGGUGUGAAGGCGAUGCACCUGUCAACUGGCAGACCAGGCUUGCUAAGCACAGACGCUUUGUUUCAAAAAGCAACGGGAAAGUCCGCACAUUAAAAGUGGAUCGUCCCUCCGCGGAAUUCACUGGAACUUACAAGUGUUUUUACACCGCUGUACCACAGCAGCAUGAGCUGACCUCCUCAGUGCAUGUGUAUGUUAAAGAUCCAAACCGUGUGUUUUGGACCAGCAGCACAGCCCUGCGUGUGGUGAGAAAGGAGGGUGAGGACUACCUGCUGCCCUGCCUGCUGACCGACCCAACUGCAACAGACAUGGGCCUCCGCAUGGACAACGGUACCACCGUGCCUCCAGGGAUGAACUUCACAGUUUUCCGUCACCGUGGUAUUCUCAUCCACAACCUGCAUCCCAGCUUCAACGCUGACUACGUUUGCACAGCCAGGGUCAAGGGGAUGGAGAGAACCUCCAGGGCCUUCUCCAUCAAUGUCAUUCAGAAGCUUCGUUUCCCACCGUAUGUCUUCCUGGAGACGGAUGAGUAUGUGCGCAUCGUUGGGGAGGAACUCAAUAUAUGCUGCACGACACACAACCCUAACUUUAACUACAAUGUCACCUGGAAAUACACCACUAAGUCGAAACCAACCGUAGAAGAGAGGGUUCGCUCCAGUGGAGAAAAUCGUCUGGACAUUCAGAGCAUUUUCACCAUCCCUUCUGUUGACCUCGCAGACACAGGAAAUAUCUCCUGCAUUGGGACCAACGAAGCAGGUGUGAACAGUUCAACCACAUACCUGCUGGUUGUAGACAAGCCUUACAUCCGGCUGCUGCCCCAGCUGUCCCCCAAACUGGCCCAGCAGGGUCUCACAGUCGAGGUGAAUGAAGGAGAGGAUCUGGAGCUCACCGUGCUUAUCGAAGCUUACCCCCAAAUCACAGAGCACAAAUGGCACACCCCAACAUCUCCUAACACAUCCAUGCAGGAGCACAAACUCAUCAGAUACAACAACAGAUACCAUGCUACUUUGCAGUUGAAGAGGAUGAACGCACAAGAGCAGGGGCAGUACACUUUCACCGCCAGGAGCAACUUGGCCAAUGCAUCCAUCACGUUCCAGGUCAACAUGUAUCAGAAGCCUAUUGCUGUUGUAAGAUGGGAGAAUAUCACUACGCUCACCUGCACCUCCUUUGGUUACCCCGCUCCUAGAAUCAUCUGGUACCAGUGUUUUGGGAUACGGCCCACGUGCAAUGAAAACACAUCAGGCCUGCAGCUGGCAACCCCUCUUCAGGCUCCCACUGUGGAAGUCCAGAGGGAGGAGUAUGGAGCCGUGGAGGUGGAGAGCGUCCUCACCGUGGGGCCGUCAAGCCGUAGGAUGACUGUCGAGUGCGUGGCCUUUAACCUUGUCGGCGUCAGCAGUGACACUUUUGCCAUGGAGGUUUCUGACAAACUCUUCACUUCAACCUUGACUGGAGCAGCAGGGAUUCUGGCCAUCCUGCUUGUACUGCUGGUUUUUCUCUUCUACAAAUACAAACAGAAACCAAGAUAUGAGAUCCGCUGGAAGAUCAUUGAGGCAAGAGAUGGAAACAACUACACCUUCAUUGACCCAACUCAGCUGCCAUACAACGAGAAGUGGGAGUUCCCAAGGGACAAGCUGAAGCUAGGAAAGAUCCUCGGGGCUGGAGCUUUUGGAAAGGUCGUUGAGGCCACAGCUUAUGGUCUUGGAAAGGAAGACAACGUGAUGCGUGUAGCGGUGAAAAUGCUGAAAGCCAGUGCCCAUUCAGACGAGAGGGAGGCUCUGAUGUCCGAGCUAAAGAUCCUGAGUCACCUGGGUCACCACAAGAAUAUCGUCAAUCUGCUGGGAGCAUGCACUUACGGAGGGCCAGUGCUUGUGAUCACAGAAUACUGCAGCCUCGGUGACCUCCUGAACUUUCUACGCCAGAAGGGAGAGACCUUUCUGAACUUUGUCAUGAACAUACCUGACAUCACAGAGAGCUCAAAUGACUACAAGAAUGUCUGCACACAGAAACAGUUCAUUAGAAGUGACAGCGGGAUCUCCAGUACAUCCUCAAGCAGCUACUUGGAGAUGAGACCUAGCUACCCGCCAAAUAUGGAGUCAUCUCGAGACUCUUUAUGUGAAGACACUGCUGACUGGCCACUGGACAUCGACGACUUGCUGAGGUUUUCCUUUCAAGUUGCUCAGGGUCUCGACUUCCUGGCAUCCAAGAACUGUAUUCACAGAGAUGUGGCUGCCAGGAAUGUUCUCUUGACUGACCGCAGAGAGGCCAAGAUUUGUGACUUUGGCCUGGCACGAGACAUCAUGAAUGAUUCCAACUAUGUGGUGAAGGGGAAUGCCCGUCUGCCAGUGAAGUGGAUGGCUCCGGAGAGUAUCUUUGAAUGUGUCUACACCGUCCAGAGUGAUGUCUGGUCCUACGGCAUCCUCCUAUGGGAGAUCUUCUCUUUAGGCAAGAGCCCCUACCCCAGCAUUGCUGUGGACUCCAGGUUCUACAAGAUGGUGAAGCAUGGCUACCAGAUGUCCCAACCAGACUUUGCCCCUCCUGAGAUUUACAUGAUCAUGAAGAUGUGCUGGAAUCUGGAGCCUACAGAGCGUCCAACAUUCAGCAAAAUCAGCCAGAUGAUAGAAAGACUACUCGGAGACCAACCAGAGCAAGAAGAGCUAAUCUACCAGAAUGUGCAGCAGCAGGUCGCGGAGGGUGAAGUAUGUGAUGAGCCCAUGUGCUGCGACGGACCCUGUGACCAAUCGUGUGACCAUGAGGAAGAGGAGCAGCCUCUGAUGAAGACUAACAACUACCAGUUUUUUUGAGAGGCUUUUCAGCUACCAGCCCAACCAAUCACUUAUCAGCAAGCAUCAGAAGUGUUGGGAUGUAGCUGUAAGCCUGCUGUCAGAGCGUGGCAGCUCCCUUCUAACGUCCAGACAGUCGCAGAGUCGCCCUCACAGCUAUUUUUUGCCUGUCGUGCCUGCUCCCCAGACAGACGAGCAGCUGCAGCUAGCAUGUGACUUGCUUCUUUGCAGACCAUGACUAGAAAUUGCCACGUCUAAACUCCAACUGCAGACAUGAAAGGAGGAAACAUGUCAACAAAACCACACAAAGCAUCCAAAGCCAUAUCUUAUCAGGACUAUUUGUCCCUCCCUCUGUUGUGUUUUUGUUUUAUAAUCUGUCUAAAGGGGAAUUUGUUUGUCCCUUCCCUUGAGAGUGUUUUUAGUUAUUCUAUAUUUUACACUAUGUUUCUGAUGAUUUGUAUCACUGCCUCAUGAGAGUGGGUGUUUUGGCCAUUUUGUCAGUAGGUUCACUUCCUAUUCAUCAUUCUCUUGUAUGGUUUCUCAGAAAAAAGCAGUCACAAACACUGGAUUCAAAGCUACAAGAGACACUUUUCUUGCCCUAGACAAGUUAGGUUUUAUUUUAUCAUCACCUUAAUGAACAUGGAAACAGUACGAGUGUUGUCCUCUGUGUGAAACACACUAACUGGACCGUGGAGAAGGCAAAGAAUAACCGUGUUGUUUUCUUCUUUGCGCUUUGGUCGUAGCAGUUUCUCUUGUGACACACUUCUAGUAGCUGUCAGUUGGCGGAAACAUGUGAUUGUUUUGCUUCAGUUUGAAUUAAUUAAUUACCUGGUGUGAUUUUUUGAGCAGGGAAUACAGCUGAACUGAGCAGGGAAAUCUGUGGAUCCGUCAUGGAUCAGAUGAACAAUGUGAAAGUAAACCUCCUCAUUUUUGUAGACGAGUUUAAGGAUGUAUGCUUUAUGAUUGUAUGUAGCAGUCAGCUUACACUGCCAACUGUAUGAAGACUUUAGAAUAACAUAAGCUAUUUGAGAGAUACAGACUGCUUGUUUGUGUGAUUUUAGGCAUUUCAUAUGUGCUUGCUGAAGACAGAUGUCUAAUACUGUAUAUAUCGCAUGAUGUAAAUCAAGAAUUAUCUUUAUUUUCGCAUAUAUGUCGUAGAGUAGAUAAUAUUACAUCAAUAUUUCGUAUAUAUCGGUUGUUUAAAUAAGAAAAAAGCUGCCAAUAAACUCACUUAAAAGCGACCACUGAUGCCAAAGAUUGCAAUGCAACGUGACUAUGUUGUGGUGUAAGGAGCUCCUUCUUAACUGGGUUUCUUGUAUCUCACUGUGCUGAUAAAAAAAAGUGUGCUGCAGGCAAGCGCUCUGCUCACUUCCUGUUUUCCACUGGAUUAUAUCCAAAGUGCAUUUCCUCUGGAAGGUUUCCCACAAUAAAUGUCAACGUUGUAAAGCCCUUAAAAUCAAAGUAGGGAAGUUUUUGUCCCACCACAGAGACAGCUUAAAAGUCUGCAUGCUCUGUCCUAUUUUUGAGGUUAAAUCUUAUCUUUUUUUCCUUUGAAAGAUGACUUUUGUUAUGGCUUUCUGAGGGGCAACUUAGCAGACAGUGAGUGUUUUAUUGCCACCAAGAACGUGACCUUGUACUGACGUUCAGGCAAUUCUAACAAUCUAAACUUGUGCUGUUGUUGCUCUUCCAGUGCUGCUCUUUUCUCCAGCAGUUCUGUGUUAUAUGUGUUUUAGAGACAGGAUUAUUUCUGACGGAUUGCUUUUCAUUUUAAAUGAUCUUAUCAUUGAAAGCAUAUUCACAUUU